AUGGAUGGUGAAAUUGCCCAGCGUAGUGGUGAUGAGGCCGACAAGGAGAUGACCCGCCUCUGGCGCACAUGGCGAACCGUUUAUGAGAUGCUGUCAGACCGAGGCUACGAGGUUUCCGACGACGAGCUCCAACUUUCAUUGAUCGAUUUCAAAUACAAAUAUGCUGACCCUAUGGGCUACCCCGACCGCACCAAAAUGAAAAUUCAGGCACGCCCCACUGAGGAGAUGAAGUUGAAAUAUACAGCUCUCCCCAGUAAAUCCAACCCCAACCCCCAGCCCGACUGCGGUACUAUCUACGUUGACUUCUGCCCCGACUCCUCCGGUGUUGGUACCAAGCAAGUGCGCGCAUUCAACCACAUCGUUGACGAGAGCAACUUCCACACCGGUGUCUUCAUCACUCAAACCCCCAUCUCGCCCUCUGCCGUUCGUCUGCUCAGCGGUAUCCCCGGUCGUAUCUGUGAGCACUUCCAGGAGCAGGAUCUGCUGGUCAAUAUCACCCGCCACGAGCUCGUGCCCAAACAUGUCCUCCUCAGCCCUGAGGAGAAGGCGCGUCUGCUUGAGCGAUACCGUUUGAAGGAGAGCCAGCUUCCACGUAUGCAGGUCUCGGACCCCGUAGCCCGUUAUUUGGGAUUGCGUCGUGGUCAAGUUGUGAAGAUCAUCCGCAAGUCAGAGACUGCGGGUCGCUAUGCCAGUUAUCGAUGGGUGAUUUAA